GCUGUGCUGAUCUGAAUCACGCGCCUGGAGUCAGAUCCUUCCGACUAGACCGUCUGCUGUGCUUGGAUGUGACUCGGAACAGAUCCGAUCCCAGAUCUGUGUCUGCGGACGCUCGCCGCAGCUGAGUGGUAAACAAAGGGCGCGCAAAUCUCCCUGGUUUAGCGCGAGAGUGCGGCAGAGGCACCUGCUGCAGCGCCCCGGUUGGCUGUUCGACACGUCAGUCACACGUAGCCCCGCUCCCUGACGGUUAUCAUUGGCUGACGGCGGAGAUUGUCGCGCUACCCUUAACGCCAUUCGUCACCGCGCUCCUUUCAUGCCAGCUUUGGGGCGGAAAAUUCUCGUCGUAUUCAUGAGGCGGGUCUUCUGCUCAGUUGUAGAUUUUCAUUGGAUUUGUGUGUCUCCGAGGCUUGACUGGAAACCGUCUUCUCGCCCCUGGUUGGCCCGCUAGCAGGAAACCCUGAAGCCGUCGCCUUGCCCUCACUGCUCGCCGUCUAUUUUAUUCUCACCGAGAAGUGUGAGUGCGGCUCCACGGAGGAGCGGUGCAAUGAUAAAAGCCGCAUAUGCGGUAGGCUACACACCUAUCAGGCAGGAAAAUACCCGAGAAACAGCCUCACCCCGGUUCUCCUAGCACCACAGCCUUACCCACGACUCAGAGCGGAACCUGAAGUGCCAGUAGAACCAUGUCCAGGCCAACGGGGGGCGGUGCCAACGAUGUCACCCGCUUCCUCGCAUCGGGGGCAAUGCCAGGGUCUCCUACCUCCAAUGCGGUGUUCACCGCUGCCAGCCAGGCUGACUGGGCAGCUAAGAGGCUGGUGUGGGUGCCGUCAGAGAAGCACGGCUUUGAGUCGGCCAGCAUUCGGGAGGAGCGCGGCGAUGAGGUGGAGGUGGAGCUGACAGACAGCCAGCGGCGGAUCACCCUGUCCAGGGAGGAGGUGCAGCGAAUGAACCCCCCACGCUUCAGCAAAGUGGAGGACAUGGCCGACCUCACCUGCCUCAACGAAGCCUCGGUGCUGCACAACCUGAGAGAGAGAUACUACUCCGGCUUGAUUUAUACAUAUUCCGGGCUGUUCUGUGUGGUGGUCAACCCUUACAAGAACCUGCCCAUCUACACAGAGUCCAUCGUGGAGAUGUACCGCGGCAAGAAGCGCCACGAGAUGCCCCCUCACAUUUACGCCAUAUCUGAGGCCGCGUAUCGCAGCAUGCUACAAGACAGAGAAGAUCAGUCAAUCCUCUGCACAGGCGAGUCUGGAGCUGGGAAAACAGAGAACACAAAGAAAGUCAUCCAGUAUUUGGCUCACGUCGCCUCCUCUCAUAAAAGUGGCACUCUGGGUAGAAACAAGGAAGCUACACAGAUGGAUGGCUCUCGGUCCUUAACAAGAGGCAGUUCUCUGGCGAACAGGAGUAUGCAAUAUGGCGAGCUGGAGAGGCAGCUGCUGCAGGCCAACCCCAUACUGGAGGCCUUUGGCAACGCAAAGACUGUCAAGAACGACAACUCUUCAAGAUUUGGUAAAUUCAUCCGCAUUAAUUUCGAUGUGGCGGGGUACAUCGUUGGUGCCAACAUUGAGACCUACCUCCUUGAAAAGUCCCGGGCCACCCGUCAGGCCAAAGAUGAGAGGACAUUCCACAUCUUUUACCAGCUGAUGUGUGGAACUUCGGAGGAGACAAAAGCUGACCUACUCUUGGGAACAGCUGAUCAGUACCGCUUCCUCACCGGCGGCUCCAUCCCUGUCCCUGGUCAGAGCGAUUCAGAGAACUUCACCCAGACCAUGGACUCCAUGGCUAUAAUGGGCUUCACCCCAGAGGAGUCGCUGUCCAUGCUGAAGGUGAUCUCUGCUGUGCUCCAGUUUGGGAAUAUUUCCUUCAUGAAGGAGAAGAACCAGGACCAGGCCUCGAUGCCUGACAACACAGCUGCUCAGAAACUGUGCCAUCUGCUGGGCAUCAACGUGCUGGAGUUCACUCGGGCCAUCCUCACUCCCAGGAUCAAAGUGGGUCGAGAGUAUGUGCAGAAGGCCCAGACAAAAGAACAGGCUGACUUUGCUGUGGAGGCCUUGGCGAAGGCCACGUAUGAGCGUCUGUUCAGAUGGCUGGUCCAUAGGAUCAACAGAGCUCUGGACCGCAGACAGAGACAGGGAGCUUCUUUCAUAGGGAUCCUUGAUAUUGCUGGAUUCGAGAUCUUCCAGCUGAACUCCUUCGAGCAGCUGUGCAUCAACUACACCAACGAGAAGCUACAGCAGCUCUUCAACCACACCAUGUUCAUCUUGGAGCAGGAGGAGUACCAGCGGGAGGGAAUCGAGUGGAACUUCAUUGACUUCGGCCUAGACUUGCAGCCCUGCAUUGACCUCAUAGACAAACCGACCCACCCGCCUGGUGUUCUGGCCCUGCUGGAUGAAGAGUGCUGGUUCCCCCGGGCAACAGAUCGCUCAUUUGUAGAGAAGCUGUCCGGCGAGCAAGGCAGCCAUCCAAAAUUCUUCCGUUCAAAGCAGCCACGCGGGGAAGCUGACUUCUCCAUCAUUCACUAUGCUGGCAAGGUGGACUACAAGGCAAAUGAUUGGCUGGUGAAGAACAUGGAUCCUCUGAACGACAACGUGGCCUCUCUUCUGCACCAGUCGUCUGAUCAUUUUGUGUCAGAGCUGUGGAAGGAAGAUAUCCAAACUCUUCCUCGUGUCUACUUCUUUGACUCCUAUGCCACACUGCAGGCUAAUGGCUCCGACAUGGACAGGAUCGUGGGUCUGGACCAGGUGUCGACGGGAGAGAACAGCGGCCCGGUCAACUUCGGAGCAGCUGGUCUGAAGACGAAGAAGGGAAUGUUCAGGACUGUCGGUCAGCUCUACAAGGAGUCUCUCACCAAGCUGAUGGCCACGCUGAGGAACACCAACCCCAACUUCCUGCGCUGCAUCAUCCCCAACCAUGAGAAGAGGGCUGGUAAGCUGUCCCCCCACCUGGUUUUGGACCAGCUGAGGUGUAAUGGAGUUCUGGAGGGGAUCCGUAUCUGCAGACAAGGCUUCCCUAACCGCAUACCAUUCCAGGAGUUCAGGCAGAGGUAUGAGAUCCUGACUCCUAAUGCGAUCCCUCGUGCCUUCAUGGAUGGCAAACAGGCAUCAGAACUCAUGAUCAGAGCUUUGGAACUGGACCACAACCUGUUCAGGGUGGGUCAGAGUAAAGUCUUCUUCAGAGCCGGAGUCCUGGCUCACCUGGAAGAAGAAAGAGACCUGAAGAUUACUGAUACCAUCAUACGCUUCCAAAGCGUCUCCAGAGGCUACCUCGCACGCAAAGCCUUUAUGAAGAAGCAGCAGCAGCUGAGCGCUCUGAGGGUGAUGCAGAGGAACUGUGCUGCUUACCUCAAACUCAGGAACUGGCAGUGGUGGCGGCUGUUCACCAAGGUGAAGCCCCUGCUGCAGGUGACCCGACAAGACGAGGAGAUCCAGGUGAGGGAAUCUCAGCUCCAGAAGGCUAAGGAAAGUCUCACCCGAGCGGAGCAGGACUACGGAGAGCUUGAAAGGAAACAUGCUCAGCUGGUGGAGGAGAAGGCAGUGCUGGCUGACCAGCUGCAGGCAGAGGCAGAGCUGUUUGCGGAGGCAGAGGAGAUGAGGGCCAGGCUGGCCAGCCGGAAACAGGAGCUGGAGGAGGUGCUGGGCGAGCUGGAGACUCGGUUGGAGGAAGAGGAGGAGAGAGGUGUGCAGCUGACCAAUGAGAAGAAGAAGAUGCAGCAGAAUAUACAGGACCUGGAGGAGCAGUUAGAGGAGGAGGAAAGUGCCCGACAGCGCCUCCUGCUGGAGAAGGUCACCCUUGAGACUAGAGUGAAAAGUCUGGAAACAGACCUGUUAAACGCAGUAGAGCAGAGAGACAGAUUCAGCAAGGAAAAGAAACAGUGUGAGGAACGUCUGAGUGAAGUCACCGACCAGCUCACUGAGGAAGAGGAGAAAACCAAAAGUCUGAACAAACUCAAGAACAAACAGGAAGCUGUCAUUGCUGACCUCGAGGAGCGCCUGAAGCGUGAGGAGCAAGGCCGCUUAGAGCAGGAGAAGUGGAGGAGGAGGAUGGAGAGUGAGUCGGUGGAGGCCCAAGAGCAGCUGUCAGACCUGGGCAUGCUGUCAGCCGAACUGAGGGGCAGUCUGGCUCAGAAGGAGAAGGAGAUCACCACCUUGCAAGGCCGGUUGGAGGAAGAGGGAGCGCGUCGUGCAGAAGCUCAGAGGGCACUGAGGGAGGCCAUGUCCCAGGUGUCUGAGCUGAAGGAGGAAGUGGAGAAUGAACGAGGGAUGAGGGAAAGGGCGGAGAAACAGAGGAGAGACCUGGGCGAGGAGCUGGAGGCUUUGAGAACUGAGCUGGAGGACACUCUGGACACCACAGCUGCUCAGCAGGAGCUAAGGUCUCGUCGGGAGGCGGAAUUAAAUGACCUUCAGCGAUGUGUUGAAGAGGAGACUCGCCGCCACGAGGUCCAGCUGUCAGAGCUCAGAGUCAAACACAGCACAGCCAUAGACAACCUCCAGGAACAGCUGGACAACAGCAAGAGAGCUCGUCAGUCGCUAGAGAAAGCCAAGGCAAUGCUGGAGGAAGAGAGGCAGAAUUUGUCCUCCGAGCUCAAGAGCCUCCAAUCUGGACGCACAGAGAGCGAAAGAGGCCGCAAGAGGGCCGAGAGUCAGCUGCAGGAGCUCAACGCCCGACUGGCUCAGGCUGACAGAGAGAGGGAGGAGAGGGAAGACCGAGUGCACAAGCUGCAGAGUGAGAUUGAGACUAUGUCAGCCAAUUUGUCCUCUGCUGACACCAAAUCCCUUCGGCUAUCGAAAGAGGUCAGCAGCCUGGAGAGUCAGCUGAAUGAUGCAAAGGAAUCGCUGCAGGAUGAAACACGCCAAAAGAUGGCUCUAGCCUCGAGGGUGCGAGCGCUGGAGGAGGAGAAGAACGGACUGAUGGAAAGACAGGAGGAGGAGGAGGAGAGAGCCAAAGAGCUGACCCGGCAGAUCCAGACUCAAACCCAGCAGCUGGCAGAGCUCCGUAAGCAAUCGGAGGAGGUGAACACUGCGGUGGAGGCUGGAGAGGAGGUGCGCAGGAAACUCCAGAGAGAGCUGGACAGCACCAUCCAGAGGGAGCGACAGAAGGAGGAGGAGAAGGAGCGAGUGGAGAGGCAGCGGGAGCGACUGAGGGAGGAGAUAGAGGACAUGACCCUCGCCCUACAGAGAGAGAGACAGAACUGCACGGCCCUAGAGAAGAGGCAGAAGAAGUUCGACCAGUGUCUGGCAGAGGAGAAGGCGGUGAGCGCUCGGCUGGCAGAGGAAAGGGACAAAGCAGAAGCAGACAGCAGAGAGAAGGAGACAAGAUGUCUGGCACUUUCCCGAGCCCUGCAGGAGACCCAGGACCUGAGGGAAGAGCUGGAGAGGGCCAACAAGCAGCUCCGUCUGGAAAUGGAACAGCUUGUAAACCAGCAGGAUGAUGUCGGCAAGAAUGUCCACGAGCUGGAGCGGACUCGCAGGAGCUUGGAAACAGAAGCCGAGAACCUGCGGGUUCAGACCCAGGACCUGGAGGAGGAGCUGGCGGAGGCGGAGAACUCGAGGCUGAGGCUGGAGGUCACCCUGCAGGCACUCAAGGCUCAGUUUGAGAGGGAGAUCAGCACAAAUGAGGAGAAGGGAGAGGAGAAGAGGAGGGCACUAAGCAAACAGGUGAGGGAGUUGGAGAUUCAGCUGGAGGAGGAGAGGAGUCAGAGGUCUCAGGCCGUGUCGUCCAAGAAGCAGCUGGAAGCAGAACUGCAGGAAGCCGAGGCCCAGGUGGAGAAUUCCAGCCGUGGAAAAGAGGAGGCCGUGAAGCAGCUGCGAAGGCUGCAGGGUCAAAUGAAAGAAAUUCUGCGUGAGUUAGACGAGACCAAGUUGUCUCGGGAGGAAGUUAUCGCACAGUCUAAAGACAGCGAAAAGAAGAUCCAAACCCUGGAAGCAGACGUCCUUCAGCUCACCGAGGAGCUUUCUAUGUCAGAGAGGCAGAGGAGACAGGCUCAGCAGGAAAGAGACGAGAUGGCUGAUGAGAUGGUCAACAGCAGCUCUGGAAAGAAUGCUCUGUAUGAAGAGAAGAGGAGGUUAGAGGCACGGGUCAGUCAGCUGGAGGAGGAGCUGGAGGAGGAGCAGAGUAACUCUGAACUGGUAGCGGAGAGACAAAGGAAGAUGGCUCUACAGGUGGAGACUCUGACCGUGCAGCUGCAGGGAGAGAGGACUCUGGCGCAGAAGGCGGAGGCAGCCAGGGAGCAGCUGGAGAGGCAGAACAAGGAGCUGAAGACCCGACUGGGAGAGAUGGAGGGAGCGGUGAGGGGCAAACACAGGCUCAGCGUCGCCGCCCUGGAGGCCAAGAUAGAGUCCAUGGAGGAGCAGCUGGAGCAGGAGAGACAGGAACGAGCCAUUGCCAACAAGCUGGUGAGGAAGACAGAGAAGAAACUGAAGGAGGUGAUGAUGCAGGCAGAGGACGAGAGACGACACGCAGACCAGUACAGAGAACAGCUGGAUAAGUCAAUGGUCCGCCUGAAGCAGCUGAAGAGGCAGCUGGAGGAGGUGGAGGAGGAGAACUCUCGCUCCAACGCCCAGAAGAGGAAGCUGCAGAGGGAGCUGGAGGAGCUCGCCGACAGCGGGCAGAGCAUGACGAGAGAGAUCACCUCUCUCCGCAGCCAGCUCAGCGUCCCUGAUUGGCGUGCUCCGCUGCCCCUGUCGUUGCGUGGACGCAGAGCGCUGGUCGACGACCUCUCGUUGGAGAACUCUGACUCAGAGGAGCCCCCUGCCUCGCCGACACCCUCCUCCGGGCUCCCAGGGACCCCGACUCCCUCCUCAGAACACAGCCUGGACCCACCACCGCCCUACACCGUCAAUAACACAGAGUGACGUGCACAUGGACUCACAUGAAAUACACACCUACACACACACACACACACACACACACACACACACACACAUCUGCCUCUCACAGCCUCGAUUACUCAGGGGUGGAGGAGUGACACGCACAUAGUACAUAACACUGUAGUUUAUAAAGGUAAACAGAGUCAUUUAGGAUGCAAACAUCAGGCGCUAUAACUAUGAAACAACCUCAAUGACAAGCAGAUAAAGUGUACAAAUCUGAUUUUACAAAGAUUUUGUAACAAACUGUGUCAUAAAACAACAAAGACUGGAAAUUUCUACAUCA